AAUACAAAUAAAAGAAUGAUAUAAACCAGUGGUCGAUUUCUGUUAAUCCAUAAUAGGUGGAAAUUUAAAUAUUUAUAGUUUCGGUGUUUGUUUUAUUUUACUAAAACUUAGGGCGGUGCGAUUUGUGGUGAUUGUCACGUUGUUUUUGGAAUUCUAUUUAGCAUGGACCCUACUAGGGUAGUUGAGGCAUUAAGUAAUACUCUGUUAGCAGAAAAACAAGGAAAUGGAACAAAGAUACUUGAUGAAAUGCAUAAAAUUAUUGGAUUUGUUCCCACUCUAUUGAAAAUCAUCCUUGAAGAGAGUAUUGAUGUGGGAGUACGACAGGCGGCAGCCCUAUAUUUUAAAAACAACAUCUCUGAAUGGUGGAAGCCCGAUGAGUCAGACGAAUCUGGCGAAUUAAGAUUUUGUAUACAUGAGCAAGAUAAGCAAGCAAUCAGAAGUUCUAUUGUAGCAGCUCUUGUCUCGGCGCCAAUUCCUUUUCAAACUCAUCUCCAGGUUGCUCUUUCCAAAAUAAUUCGGCAUGAUUUUCCUACUCGUUUUGAAGAGUUCCCUGAACAAGUGAAGCAUUUUUUAGAAUCAAAUGAUCGCCAUCAUCUUCGAGGAGCUCUUCGUUGCCUUUAUGCUUUUGUUGAAGUGUAUACAUACAAAAAAAACGAUGAACGCGCAAAUACGGUUUCCACGAUGCAAGUUUUUUUCCCAAUCUUAUAUUCAACGUUGUCGAGUCUCAUCGUUGAAGAAUCCGAAGAUUCUUAUGUACUUCAGACGCUCAUUAUCAAAAUAUUCUUUUCAUUUAUAAAUUACCACUUCCCACUGGAUGCAAUGAAUAAACAGUUAUUUACUCAUUGGAUUGAUAUGUUCUGUACUAUCCUCGGUGAUUUCAAAGUGACUCAUUCGGACACUUCAAGUUCAACCUGGAAACGGCAAAAAUGGGCUUUAAAAAUACUUAACAGGGUUUUCACCCGUUACGGUAGUCCUGGCUCAGUCAUUAAGCUAUAUCAACCAUUCGCUGACUGGUAUCUUAAAGCCUUCUCAGGGCAAAUAAUAUCAGUACUUCUGAAUAUAUGUGAAGCAUACAGACAAAAAUCAUUCGUUUCCAAACCUGUGCUUAGUCAAACACUGGACUACUUUUCUUCGGCACUGGCUAACUCAUUUUCAUGGAAAUUACUACGGCCACACUUCUCUCUUUUGGUCCGUGAAGUUAUAUUCCCGCUAAUGUCAUAUACUGAAGAAGAUGCAGAAUUAUGGCAAGAAGAUCCAGUGGAAUACAUUCGAGCUGAAGCUGGUGAUUGGGGAUCGGUAUCUAGUCCAGCAAGUGCAGCAUCUACGCUUCUAAGUGAAGCAUGUGUUAAACGACGUGGUGUUCUCAAUAACAUAAUGCCGUUCUGCAUUCAUAUAUUAAGUUCCGAGAGUUCUCCUAUUGAGAAGGAUGCUGUUUUGCACAUGUACAUAGCUAUAGCUGAAAUCCUACUAAAAAAAGCUGCAUACAAGUCUCAAUUAGAAUCAUUUCUUGUAGGUCAUGUCCUUCCGACUUUGCAUGCUCCUGAAGGAUAUCGUCGUGCUAGGGCUUACAGAUUGCUGGAGAAAUUAUCAGAGGCUAAAUUCAAUGACCAAAAUAUAUUUGCCCAAGUUGUUGAUGAAGUGAGAAAAGCUGCAUGUUUUGAUUCGGAAUUACCGGUUCGUGCGUUUGCUGCACUCUGUCUCUCAGAAUUAGUUCGGUGUCAAGAAACUGCUCAUCAAUUUGUGGCUCCUCAUCUACGCGAACUCUUGAUAAGUUUAUUGGAGCUUCUUCGGCAAACUGAAUUUGACGAUUUAAACAGUGUAAUCGAAAUAUUAAUACAUACAUUUGAGAAAGAAAUAGUUCCAAUCGCUUCUGAAGUUAUGCAAACAUUGUCAGAUACGUUUCAUCAGCUCGUUAUUAAAUCCGAGUAUGAGUUAAAUAGAGAAUUAAUCGAGCUUGAGGAUACAGAAGAUCUCUUUGAGUACCGGUCAAUAGUUGCUACAAGUGUUUUAGAUAAUAUGGAGUCUAUUCUGCAAGUUGGUGAAGAUAAUGAAAACCUUGUUGCUCAGCUUGAACCUAUUGUUGUGCAUUUGAUUCAGUCUAUAUUCAACCAUAAAUUAAGUGUGUUCUUUGAUGAAGCUCUCACGUUCAUUUUCUCGCUGACAACUAACAAGAUUUCCCCACUUUUGUGGCAACUUUUCGAUCAACUCUAUCCUGUAUUCAAAAAAGAUGCUUGCGAGUGCUUUUCCGAAAUGAUGCCCUGUCUACAUAAUUACAUAACAGUGGACCGAGAGGCUUUCCUGGCAAAUACUUCACGUAUUGAACAAAUUACUGCUAUGUGUUUAGAGGUGUUCUCAAUGGAUGACCAAGAAAGACUACAAAUGCAUGCUGCAAAAUUACUUGAAGUUAUUUUACUUGAUUAUCGAGGUCAAGUGAAUCAGUAUGUACCAAAAUAUGUUGAGCUAGCACUUACACGUCUUACACGGCCGCUUGUUUCAAGUGAACUUAGAACACUCUGUAUGCAGGUGGUAAUUGCUGGAUUGCUUUACUCACCUAUGGAUAUGCUUCAUAUGAUGAUCGAGCAUCCAUGGCCUGGGACAGAGGUUAACAUUUUGUCCGAAUUCCUUAAACGAUGGAUUGAAGAUGCAGACUGUUUCCUUGGAUUGCAUGAUCGCCGCCUCUGUGUCUUAGGACUUUGUUUGAUUAUUUCUCUUCCGGUUGAUAAACGAACUGAUGCAAUUGUAACAUUCAGUGAAAAGUAUAUACCAUCACUUCUACUGCUAUUUUCUGGACUGAAAAAGGCGUACGCAACAAAAGCUUCCAAUCAAAAUGAAGAUGAUUCGGAUGAAGAAGAAUCUGAAACAGAGGAAGAUUUAGAGGGUAAAGCUUUGGGAAGCGAUGAAGAUGAAGUAGACGAAGAAAGUGUUCGUUAUUUAGAAAUGUUAGAGGCAACUAAAGAUUCAGAAGACGACGACGAUGAUGAUGAUGAAGAUGAGGACGAUGAGGAAGAAGAAACACUCGAGGCGUUCGACACACAAAUGGAUAAGUCUGAAUGUGAUAUGGAUGAAUAUGUAACGUUUUAUCGUGUAAUGACUGAAUUGGAAAGAUCUGAUUAUGCAUGGUAUAGUCAGUUGAUCAAUCAUCUUAGUGAAGAACAGCAAAAUGAUCUCAAAGGAGUGGUGGAUACUGCUCUGAAAUGUAUCCAACAAAAAGGUGAAUUUAUAUAUAUAUUCUCUUCAUAUUUCAUGUGUUCAAGGAAAUAAUUAUAAGGUACUGAUCAUAUUUAAUUCAUGAAAACGCAUAAUGUGAUGUCCUGCAAUUCUGUGUUUGCUCACAGUAACAUCUUUAAUGGUCUCGUGUUUUUGCGAAUCAUGAUAUUUUAGCGCUUAAAUAUGCUAUAGCAAAACGCUAUUGUAUCUUCCAAAAAAAGCGUUACGUUGUGGUCAUUCAUUGUUUCCUCUUUUUUAUACGAAUUAGUUUAACAGGUAGUGAGUGGUUUGGUCUUUUCGAGACUUUCUGACUAAUCAUGAUUAUGUCAAGUGUGCACAUAUCAACUGACAACGACAACUGAAUUUGUGAAUAAAUUUGUUUUAUUAUCCAAGCUGACUUAAUAAACGUAGAGCGUGACUGUAGUGUGAAUUAGCUUAAGUUGACUCAAAACAUUAACAUGUCGAGGUAAAAUGGUGUAUAAAUGAUCGUAAAAAAGACUUCAUAUUAAGAAUGUGGUUGGAAAUGAUUGAAUAUAAAACUAUUUGGUAAGAGAUAAUGAAUACGUCUGGCUAUUGUAACGGAUUCUGAACAGUGUGACCUGACACCUAUUGGUUAUGAUCGCGUCAAUCAGGCAAUUUUCACCUACCAACAUGACGGAUUAACAACCGGUCAGUCAGUGGGUUCAUGAACUAAUGAAACUUUCUGAUAUGGUUGUCGUUGUUUUGAUCCGGUUUCUGAGGUUCUACGUUGGGUAUGACUAACUAUCCGUUAUGCGUGGUCUAUAGAGUAUCAGGUACGAAAUUGAGAGGACGAAAAACAAGUGUCCGACGCUGUAACCGAUUUGAUAAAUAUGAAUGAUCCACGCAGGGGAGUUGGAAAACCCUGAUUACAAACCAAUGGCACACAUGGGCUACAGGAUCCUGAGGGAACAAAUGGCGUAUGAACCUAUUGUUCGUCACCGGCUACUAUGGAACUUCAUCUGACGUUGCUACACUGCCUUGUGGAUCAGACCUUUAAGUCGAAGGUUCCGGGCGUGCCCCUCUGAGAAAACCACCUGUUUCAGGCUGGACACUCGGGCAGUAUCAUAGCCCACACACGAAUCAAAUGAGAUUUGUGUGGCGCAUAUGUAUUCGGUGCUCAUUUGUACCAAUAUAUAUAUGUCUAAAUAAAAUAAAUGCAGCAUUGAUACACGACACCAUUCAUCAUGGUACUGUAAGGAUCUAUUAGCAGAGUGCAAAUUCUUCACAUAGUUGAGUAUGAAUCAGAAUACAUUUGAAUCAUUAUGGUUGUUUGUAAUUUACUCACUUGAUUUCAAGAUAAAUAUAUUUUCAAUUUAGUUCAGAUUGUCUUCAUUAUACACAUACAGUAUAUCUCGUCUGUUUCUCAUAAAUCUAACAAAAUAUUUUCCAAUUUAUAUUUCAGAGUCUAAAAUUAUUGAACAAGCUGGAGGAUAUACUUUUUCACCAACUAUCCCUAGUAGCUUUGAUUUCGGUUCACCUAAUGGACAACUUAAAUAAUCUAUGUGUUAUAAACUCGGUUGUAAGGAAUUGAGUAUUAGUUUAUGAUACUUUUUUUCUCUGUAUAGGAUAUGUUAUAGUCUAAUAAACAUGUAAACAAAACUUUCAUAAUUACAAUUUAUUUAACUCCAUUAAAUGUGCGCGCUACCCAUUGUGCUAUUUCUAUUUCAUAAAUAAUCUGGUAACUAUAAUUUUGUUCUCUCUUCAGUUUGUUUUCCUUUUAUCAUUGUACACAUGUAUUCUUCUUCGUCUUUGUCUUCUGUAUGCUCUUAUUGUCAAUGUUUACUAUUUCUAACUUUGUAUUUCUUGUUCAACUUACACUAAUCCAUGAUCUUUGUCUGUAAUGUUUCUAUUCUUCUCCCCCAUUCGUAAAUAUUCCAUAUUGCACACACAUAUAUAUUUGUGUUUUGUUCUUUUUUUUUCCAUUAAUCAAUGCAUGAAAUAAAAAACUAACCAAAUACAUAAUUCGUGUUCAACAAAGAUUUGAUUGUGACUUAUUUGUUGGUAAAUAUUUUUCUUAUGUAUUCGAAGAAAAUUGUGUUUUUUUGUUUUUAUAUUCCUGUUUUUUCAAUAUUAGUUCCCCCUUCUUUCUUUUUUUCCCCAAAAAAAGAAAAAAAUCUUGUUAACGACUGCAUUAUAAAGCUGUGGUUAAUUUUCUUGCUUAUUUUUGCUCUUCUUUAAGACAUUCAAUUUCUCAGAUCAUUGCUUUUUGAAAGAAAUAUAUAUAUAUAAUUAGUACAGUGUUAUAAUCCUCUAUGAAAUUUGAUUUGCUUUUACAAAAUAAAAUCUAUUCAGUUUUGCUUUGUAGUGUAUUUUUUGUUUGUUUAACGAUUAAAUUACUUGAUGUGAUGUACUGAACAACUCC